UCCAAAUUGUCUUAAUUUUUAAAGCAUACUAAAUACUAUGUGAUUGAAACAAAGGAAUUUAGUAAAUAUUUAUGGACUGUGUAACAGCAAACUUCUUAUAGUAAAUCAUAAGCUUUAGGAAAAUUAAGGAAGAUACAAAAAAUUUAAAAAUUGCUCAAAAUUUGAGUUUUCUCAAAGACCUUACUACUGUACUUGUAAACAGCAUUUUCUAUUAAGUGCAAUAUCAUCCUUAUUAUUGUAAAAUAAAAUGUAUUAUUAUUAUAUGGAAGUAGAAAUUUCUUCAAAAUUAAGUUCCUUAAAGAAAAAUUUUAUUAUGUUGCAGGUUCAUAACAUAUUAAUUUGCACCAUGGACUUUUCAAGGUUACAGUUUUUAUUUACAGAAAUUUCUCAGAAGAAUUCCCAAAGUAAAAAUUAAGCUCUUAUCUAAUUUACAGUGUACAAGAUGAGAAAUGUCUGUUAAUAAUUGUUUUGUUAAUUUUUUUAUUCAUCCAUCUCCAUUGCCCACAAAGGAGAUGGGCCUCUAAUUAUUCCAGUUUGUGAUGAAUAGCUGUCAAAAGGUAUUAGUUUUGUGGAAUAGCAUAUAUAGGGUAGCAUGUGCUGAAAUUAAGUUAUCGGAGGGUACAAAGAUUAGGUGAUGUGUUAAUAGAUAUUAUUAUUAAAUUUUAAAAAAUACAGAAAAUAUUAACUGGCAUAGCUGGCUUAAUGGGUACCAGAGACCUUCUAUGACUGCAAAAUACUAAAUGCAGAGAUGGAGCACACUAAACUGCAGAGAACACGGACAGUGUAUCACCCUUUUAAAAUGUGCCUUUCCACAAAAAGAAUAAUCUCUGCCCUAUUUGUUCUUAGUUUUAAAAAAACAUGCUUAUGGAAGCUUCUCUGACAGUACAGUGGGCCUGUUUAGCCUUUAUUAUAAAAUGAAUAAAAGUGUGUUUUUUUCUUUUAAAGGAGAUUGGAAAAGCAGAACAUUUCAAUCCGUACUGUGGAUUUCUGCUUUUAUUGUAUGUAAAAGUUUCCCAGAAACAACAUCAGAAAUGUCUUGCUUUAGAGCCCUCAGAGCAGGAACUGUCUUUUACCCAAAGGCAUGAUGGUUUAAUAGGAGGAGCAUUGCUUAUUCAUUUACUUCUAAACCAUAUUUUAAACUGUAGGCUAUGAAAUGCCAAUAAUUAGUAUAUUUUGUGCAAGAAGUGAACACUUAAAUCUGUGUGGAAAAAUUUCUGUAUUCUCAUUUCAUGGUGUGAUAUUUGUAUAAUUUUAUGCUUCAUCCAUAUUGGUUGCAAAGGGAAGUAUAGGAACAAAGUGAAGAACUGUCUCAUUUUUAGGUUGUAGCUGUAGCAUUUUUGGUAACUGUACGUCCACCAACUGUCCUUAAGAUUGAUACUGUACCGUGCUAGCUAUAUUUAUGGAUCAGUUCAUGGGUACAUCUUCAGUAGUUUAAAAACACUUAUUUUCAUUCUCUGUAUUCUAGUGAUUUUUGUGGGGUUUUUUUACAAGAAUUUUUGGCUGUGUUUCAAAAUACUACUUUCCUGAUCAUGUUCUUACACCAGUUCUACCACAGCGAUAGGUGAACACCAUUUAGAAGUGUAGUAAAGAAAGUGACAAGCACUGGUGACACAACUUCUCUCUUUCUCCCUCCAAACAGACAUGGCAGUCUCACGCCUCAUUCCGACUUCCAGGCAACUUUAGCUCAGGCCAUUGACAACUUUUCAAGAUAAGAAAACCAGUUUGGCUGUGACUUGAUUUACAAGGAAGUGUAUUCCUGCUGUCUAUUUUAAAGUGAACAGAUACAAAGAUUUGGAAAUGUUGAGUACAACUUCUCUGUCUUUGGCACAUCCUUACAAACAUUCAUCUAUCACAGUCAUGAAGGUAUUCAAGAGACAGGAAGUUACUCAGAUGAGGCAUAUGACCAUGUCAUCAGAAUCUGUCCAGCCUGCUUACACAAAAGACUGCAGAUGCAUCUCCCAUGAAAGAAAGAGUUACUUUACCGAUGGAGACAAAAGGUUUAGUUUUCAGUGGAAAUUCCAGCUGCUUGGGAACACUGAUGUAAUUACAUUUACACAGGUGAGAAGAGGAAUCCUGCUUGAAGUCCAGAGUGCCACACAGGAUGGAGCCAACGUCGAGCUGCUGCUCAGGGUGGGGCUUUGAGUCACGUUUGCCCCAGCAGCCGGGAAGUUGGGUCAGGCGUUAGUUCCUGCAGCUCACUGCCACCUCAGUGGCUGCAUUCCCACAGAUCCUAGGAGGAAUGGAUGUGAACUUGGUCACUGUUUUGGUUAUUCUAGCAGUCAUGGCUAGUCGGACAUCUGAAACUUUGUUUCCUGGAGCCUUUAACUGUUGCAUGAAAAUUUCAGAUGAAAUUCCCAAAGGAAUUCUCCGAAGAGUGCAGAGGUUUGAAAUCCAGAAAGCGGAUGGCUUGUGUCACCUAGAAGCUGUUAUUCUCUACAUAGAAGGCAGGAAGUUCUGUGUGAGUCCUUGGAUCAGAAAAGUUAAAAAAUGGAUGAAGAAGAAUAAGCACAAGAUUCCCCGAAAAAAAACUCAUGGCAGACAUCAGAGAAGAACCAAAAUUAUUAAAAGGAAACAAAAGAAACAGUAACAUGAUGAAGGACGCCCCGUGAUGAAGAUACCUAUGGCACACGGCACUGCAAACACAGAUACCAGACUGCAUAACAAUGGAUGACUGAAGCAUUAAAAUGACUUUUCAAAUAUGUAUGUGCUAGAGAAAGCAGUGACAGAAAACAUCACCUGUACAAAAGAAAGAUGCUGGUCAGAUUACCAACCAAAUGACCAGGUGUUCCUGGCAACGUCUUGUAGGAAGUGCUCUGCCAUACUUCCUAGUUCUACUGGUAGACUUAAAUCUUCCUUAAUCACCCCCUGCUUUCAUGGCUGCCUCGCCUGUGAUUUAUAUUUUAACAUGCCACAUGUGGUUCCUUUUCAUUGCCCCUUUUUUCUAGUCACAUUCUUGGUCUCUUUGCUUUCCUGUUUGCAAUCAUCUUUGUGCUGUUGCCUAUUUUGUUUCUACUCUCCCAUUCAUGAAUCUGGGGGGGGGGGGG